CCAAAACCAUGGAAUACCGAACUACGCACCACGGCAACCGUGUCAGAUUGGGGAUCGACGAGGGGAGGGGGCGGGGCGAACGCCAUGGACGAGGAGGAGCACGAGGUGUACGGCCAGGAGAUCCCGGAGGACGGGGACAUGGACGGCGCGGACGUCGACAUGGCCUCCGGCGGGGAUGAUGCUGCGAAGCUGCAGGAGCUCGACGAGAUGAAGCGGAGGCUGAAGGAGAUGGAGGAAGAGGCCGCGGCCCUUCGCGACAUGCAGGCGAAGGUUGCCAAGGAGAUGCAAGGUGGUCCACCGGGAGGGGACCCUAGCGCGUCUACAGCUGAGGCAAAGGAGCAGGUGGAUGCUCGAUCUGUGUAUGUUGGAAAUGUUGAUUAUGCAUGUACCCCAGAAGAAGUGCAGCAGCAUUUUCAAGCUUGUGGCACAGUCAAUAGAGUGACGAUCUUAACUGACAAGUUUGGACAGCCAAAAGGUUUUGCUUAUGUGGAAUUCCUCGAACAAGAAGCCGUCCAGGAGGCAUUGAAUUUGAACGAAUCUGAAUUGCAUGGCCGUCAGAUAAAGGUGGCACCGAAGAGGACUAACGUCCCUGGGAUGAAGCAGCGUCCACCACGUGGAUACAAUCCUUAUCAUGGUUACCCAUAUAGAUCAUAUGGGGCCCCAUAUUUCCCACCUUAUGGUUACGGGAGAGUUCCCAGAUUCCGCCGUCCAAUGCGCUACAGGCCAUACUUUUGAAGGACGAGGUUUUUAUGAAGUGAAACGCAGCACCAAGCGUAGUCACUAGUCAGCCAAGUUGGUUCCAGAAAUAAUUCUACUAUCUGGUAUUUUAGUUGGUUCCCAGUAGACGUGCUGGGUGAAUGUUCACACCCCGCCAUAUUCCAUUUUGGUAUUAUCUGCUUAUCUGUAUCAUGUACCAUUGGCCCUGCUGUACGCAAAACGUAGUAUUGUUAUUUUAUUAUUAUAAUAUACCCGCAUCAUAUGAUAUUGGUUUGCCAUAUAGCCCGUCUGGAUAUAAGCAUAUGAUUCUGAUGACUGAUCC